CACCCCUAAGGGCAUCCCUCCCAACCCAACACCCUCCCAUCCUAUGAAGUUUACAUUCCUCUGCUCACCGACACCACUGCUGCUCUCUCCUCUUGAUUGUUGCCACCCCCCCUCCCUCCAGCAGGCCGUCCUUUCAUCCUUGAUCAUAAUUAUCCCUCUUCAGUCGAGGCUUCACAAUUCAAGAAAAUGGCUCCAAAAAGAAUUGGUAUUGUUGGAUAUGGACAUUUAGGAAAGUACUUGACUCAAAAGAUUCAAGAGAGCCCUGACCUGGAGCUGGCCUUUGUUUGGAACCGCACUGCAUCCUUGGUAGAAGAUGACCUGGAGGACAAGUACAUUUGCCAUAACUUAGAAAACUGCAAAAAUUAUUCCCCUGAUUUAAUUGUUGAGGUGGCUCAUCCCAUCAUCUCCAAAGAGUUUGGACAAAUGUUCUUGGAGGUGGCAGAUUAUAUGAUUGGAUCACCUACAGCACUUGCUUCUCAAGAAGUUGAAAACUCACUGAGAGCUGCUGCCACAACACAUGGCUUGUAUGUACCAGCUGGAGCUUUUUGGGGAGCUGAGGACAUCAUGAAAAUGGCUGAUCAAGGAACAUUAAAGGCUCUCAAAGUCACUAUGAUCAAACAUCCGAGCUGCUUUAAAUUAUCUGGAGAAUUACAAAAUAAGAAUGCACAGGUGUCUGGAGAGGAAAAAGUCAUCCUGUAUGAAGGUUCAGUGCGAGGCCUGUGCCCUUUAGCUCCAAACAAUGUCAACACGAUGGCUGCUGCAGCAAUGGCAGCUCACAACCUUGGCUUUGACGGAGUGAAAGGCUGCCUCAUUGCUGACCCUUCGUCAAAAGAUUGGCACAUAGUAGAGGUCGAGGUGACUGGUCCCGAGAUAGCAGGAAGAAGAUUCAAUGUUAUAACCACACGCAAAAAUCCAGCUGAUCCCGGAGCAGUAACAGGCACAGCAACCUAUGCUUCUUUUUUAUCCUCUGUGAAGCGAGCUGGUGGUCAAGGUUCAGGCGUUCAUUUGUGCUAGUAUUCUGUUUGGUGCUUUCAUGAAGAUAUUUUUUAUUGUAAUCAGGAGGAACAAUGCUAUUUAUAAUAUGUACUGUUAUAUUUGUUUCCUGAGCUCAUGGUUGUCAUCAAAGUGCAGUACAUACUUAAUUAAAGGAGAUUAAGACCAUACAUUCUAGGUGCCAAUAUGCAGACAUUCAUUGUUAUUGUUGAUAUAUGAAUGUAUGUUUCAUUAUAUUCUUCUGAUAUUUUCCAUGUGACUUCAUGCUUUAUGUGCAGUGAAACAGAUUGAGAUACACACUAUGUUCACCAGACUGUAAAAACAAGUUGACACCCAAACCGAGUUGGUCGCAGCAGCCAUGAAAUAAUACACCCUAUCCAUGCCCCUGCCAAUACAACUCCCCACCCUGCUGUUUAAGAUUCAAAGAUAUUGGGUGUUGCAAAAUAUCUUACAAAUUAUAUAACAUCAACUAAGGUCACCAUUAUCUGAAUGUAAUAAAAGUAUAAGUUACAAGGAUGCCAUUAAAGAUAUUAAAUAUACAACGUAUCUUUAAAUUUCUAUUAUUUCAAUUGCAGAAAUACAAUUCUUUUCUACUUAAUUUCUUGUUCAGUGCAUUCCUUUCUCAACAGGAAUGGUCAUGAAGAUAUAGAUACUUUUUUGAUAUGCAAGUGAGAAAAUGUCAUGUAUACUGUCAUGUAUUCAGCAUUGUACAAUUCCUCCAAAAUGUAUGGUAUAAUGUCACCAACAUUUAUGCAUAAUGAAAAUGCGUUGUUACAGCAAUAAUAUAUUAAGAGUUUAAUGAAAUGUACUUACAUUGUAAAGCUUUAUUUUAACUUUAGUUCAACAUUGGCAAAGGCUCCAAACUCUGAAGUUACUACUACACACCAAAAAUUGUAAUUCAGUGUAACAUUACGGUCAAUUGGUUCCUCUUAUUUUCAACAAUCCUCAUGUGUCUAAAACAUAAAAAAAUGAUCAUAUCUCUUCAUAUCAUACUGAACACAAAAAUGUUUAAUCAGUCGUAAGAAACUGGAAACAGUCAACCUCUGUUUUGUCUUAUUUUUGGGACUAAUUCUAUUCUAGGAAUAACUUACAUCCAUGUAUCAAUAUGUAUUAAUUCAUUCUCAUUUAGAAGAAAAUAUCUACUUUGAUGUAAGAACUAAAACAAUUUAUUUUAAUAAAUACAAAAUGAACGUAUAAGCCAGUUUUGUGACAAAGAAUACCCUAAGCCAUACACAAACUGCAUGAUACACUGAUAGAUCAGCUAGCCAGUCUUGUAUGUCUUCCCUGUGAUUGAUCUAUAGCCAUUAGCUGCAAAAGUGUGUGAUGAUAUUGCAUUUUUUAACCAAGGAGCAAUUUUCUCUAAAAUAUGAAGCUUUAUUUUUGACAAUGUUAGUGAAUAAUAUUUUAAUUUGUCCUUAUUGUAUGAGGGUAUUACUUGUGUUUUUUUCUUUCCUUUUUGGAGUCCUAACUCAACUGAUUAUCUUGUCAAAAAAACUAAGAUACACACACACCUGAUGAAGCAUCACUUGUUGAAAGAAAUAUGCACACUGAUUUUUUUGUAGCUCAUAAAAAAAAAAGCUGAGAUCAGAGGUGAUCUGUUUGCUGUUAUCUUGAAAUAAAUACUUUCCUUUAAAUCAGUUACAACAACUGUAAUUUAGGAUGUCAUUAUAACUAUACAGAUAUAUAUUAAUGAAAAAGAUCCUAGGACCAUAUCUUAAAAAAUGCAACAGAACUGAAAAAUAUAUUUUUAAAAUGAUUUAGAAACCUUUAAUUCUCUGCCUAGUUUGUUACUUUCUGCAAGUGAAAAGUCACAAGGAUGUGAGAGACAGCUAGUUUACUAUAGUAAAAGUAGGUUGACAUGAAUUCCAGUGGUCUGAAAUUCCUAAAAAUCCUAAUUUUUAAAGUCAGGAGAUAAUGAUAGAAAAUACAACUGUCCAAGUUCUGGUGUAAGGAAAAAUGAAAAUAAAUUAAUACAAAAAAUAUUAAUAAUUUGAAGUCUGAAUGGGAGGAACUGAUAAAUUGAAAAUAACAAAUAUGCACGUUUAAAAAUUGAUGAAAGGAUGUCAAUCCUUUAUAUUUUUGUGUCAAACCAGUCAGCUUUAUAAACAACAUAGAAAUGUGAUCUCUGUAAGUCUUCUUUUUUACAUAAAUCUCGCCUUGAGAUGCCAAGAAAAGAGCUAAUUGGUGCCUAAAUCCAGGACUGCCACCCAUUUUCCCCAUUUGAAACCCUUCUUUCACUACCUUUUUGCUUAAAUAAUAAGAAUGCUAAUGAAAUCAACAUUAAAAAUAAAGAAUUCACCUAAUGGAAUCAAUGGGGUGUUUGUUACAAUGGUUGCCCUAAGGCUUGUGCAUGGCAGCUUCCGGAGAUUACACCUUGCCCCAUCCUUAUUCUGGCCCCUCUGCCUGGCUCGCCCACUGCCAGCAAUGUAUCAUAAAACCCUUUAAUGCCAACCCUCAAAACUAGUGGUUAUAGUGACAAAACUAUCACAAAAGAGCACACACACCACUUUAAAUCAUAGAGCAAAAGUACUUAAGAGCUAGGGGGUGACUUGGCCAACAUCAAUUGUAAGAGACAAUAACACUGCAUUAAGCAUUGUCUGUGAUUCCUGACCCAUAAUAUGCAAUCACACCAUUGAGUGGUACCAAGAAACGUACAUUGUAUAAUGGCCAAACUGCAGGACUAGUCAUAGUAUGCAGAUUAUGUAGUGAAAUAUCAAAUUACCUCUCAAAACUGUGCUUACAUUUGUAUCAGAGGACACAGACGUCAUGUGAUCCAUUGUCAGUAAAAUAAGGCUUAGUGAACUACUGCAGCCAGGUCACCCAGAAGACACAGACGUCAUGUGAUGCAUUGUCAGUAAAACAAGGCUUAGUGAACUACUGCAGCCAGGUCACCCUGAAGACACAGACAUCACGUGAUGCAUUGUCAGUAAAACAAGGCUUGGUGAACUAGUACGGCCAGGUCACCUGUACCUCAGAAAUUCUCAUGCUCUGUAGUUCAGUGUUGUGAGUGAUGUUGUGUAAUACUUUCGCCUCUAUAAUCCAGCAGCCGUAAGGGUUGGCUCUGAUGGGUGUUUGAUGUGUUGAUGAAUGUGUGUAAGCCUGGCAUGAGAGGGCACAGUGGGGACACCAACAUACAAUAUAAAUAAUCAAGAUGCAAGUUUGACAACUAUGUCAUCAAGGUAGUGGCAAACAAACACUAUCCAAGAUUCACCUAAACACUUCCUUCAAGUAAAGAAAUCCUUUCACUGAGAAUCCAAACAUUAUUAUAGAAAUAGGGUAUCUAUUCUACCUAUCUGUUAUUGUUAACCGUUAUUAAAACAUCAGAAAAAAGUCUUACACAUUUUGGCUAAGUUAACAAACCACCCAUUAUGUUUGAUGUUACUAAAACUGUAUACGUAUAUGCAUUGAUGAUUUAUGGUGCCAUAUGAAAGUCAGAAAAAUCUGCUGAUCCAGAAGAGUGUCUGCUGCUAUUUGGAUUAACAGAUUUUUAUUGCAUGCAGGAAGUUGUAUGGUAAAGGAAAUACAUAAAGUCUAAUUCAGAUGUGUAAAAAACAAAAAUCACACAAAUGAUUCUCUUUAUUUCAAAUCGCUGUCAAACUGUACACUGUAACUGGCUUUACCUGGACAAAUUGCAACCUUGAAUUAAUGCCAGAGAUUGAUCUAUUAAGUGAAUUCAGUAUUGUUACUAAACGGGACAAUAUAUGAGGUGUUCAGUGAUCUUCCUGACUACGUUUACUAGCUGUUCUGGCAGCAAAAUGGUGUCCGCUGAUCUUCCUGGGCUGCAGCGUCACGCAUUUGAGAGCACUCGGGGCGGUCCGGGCGGCCCGAGUCGCUCUCUCAAAUGCACCCCAGCUCAAAUGUGUGCUCGUCAGGUCGGGACUGGAAACCCACCUCACCGCCGCCUCUCAUGUUGACAACACUCGCCCGCCAACCACCACUGCCUACGCACUCACACUCACCACAACCAACCACAGAGUGAGUGUUAUAUUAUUACAGUCCAUAUUUUAAAUUUGUGAUUUAUGCGUAUGUUAAACCAUAUAACAAUGCUUAGAAAUGCCUUAAAAAUCCAUUUUUUUUAUUCGAUCGAGAUGGAAGAAUGAAGCCCUAUUUUCCCUAUUUGAUCAUACUCCCGUUGAUCGCGGAUUCGUGGAUCAUGGGAAUCUAGCGGAACCAAAUACCCGUGAACGGCGGGGGGCUUCUGUAUUUCAGAUGAACAAAAGUGAAGGUCACGGUAAAACAGGGGAUAGAAAAGAAAAUGGAAGCAUCCGAACGCGGGACACUCGUCCUUUUAUGAAACCCACCAAAAUUUCUGCCUGUGGGUCACUUGUCCUUUAGGGGUUAAUUCUGACGGCAGCACUGCCGUCACAUCUGUUUCUAAAGCUGAACUCUUCGGUCAAACUUUCUGUAAAAACUCCAAUCUGGACGAUUCUGGGCAUACUAUUCCUCCUACUCAUUCCCCCUCUGACUCCACUAUGCCUGUUAUUAAGAUUCUUAAGAAGGAUGUUAUCUAUGCCCUCUCUGGCCUCAAUUACAGAGGGCUAAUGGGCCUGAUGGAGUGCCUCCUAUUGUCCUUAAAAACUGUGCUUCCGUGCUGACACCCUGCCUGGUCAAACUCUUUCGUCUCUGCCUGUCAACAUCUACCUUUCCUUCCUGCUGGAAUUACGCCUACAUACAGCCUGUGCCUAAGAAGGGUGACCGUUCCAAUCCCUCAAACUACCGCCCUAUAGCUUUACUUUCUUAUCUCUUUAUAGCUUUUGAAUCAAUCCUUAACUGGACGAUUCCUUAGCAUCUAUCCACUUCUGACCUUCUAUUUGAUCACCAAUAUGGGUUCUGCAAGGGACGUUCUAUUGGUGAUCUUCUCACUUUCUUAACUGACUGGUCAUCCUCUCUUAGCCGAUUCGUUGAAAUCUUUUCUGUUGUCAUUGACAUAUCAAAAGCCUUUGAAUGGAGUCUGGCACAAAUCUUUGGUUCCUAAUCUUAUCUCUUAUGGUUUCUAUCCCUCUCUCUGUACCUUCAUCUCCAGUUUCCUUUCCAGCCAUUCUAUCUUUGCUGUGGUAGAUGGUCACUCUUCUUCCCCUAAACCUAUCAGCAGUGGUGUCCCGCAGGGCUCUGUCCUCUUUCCCACUCUCUUUCUGUUAUUCAUCAAAGAUCUGUCCACAACAAACUGUCCUAUCCACUCGUAUGCUGAUGACUCUACUCUGCAUUAUACAACUUCUUUCAACAGAAGAUCCUCCCAACAGGAAUUACAAGACUCUAGACUGGAGGCUGCAGAACGUUUAACCUUGGACCUUGCUAUCAUUUCUGAUUGGGGUAGCAGGAACCUGAUAUCCUUCAAUGCCUCAAGAACUCAACUUCUCCACCUAUCAACUCGACACAAUCUUUCAAACACCUAUCCCUUAGUCUUUGACAACAAUCAGCUGUCACCUUCUUCUACACUAAACAUCCUUGGUCUAUCCUUAACUCAAAAUCUUAACUGGAAACUUCACAUCUCUUACUAAAUCAGCUUCCUCGAGGUUGGGGGUUCUGUAUUGUUUACACCAGUUCUUUUCCCCCAAACAGGUGCUGUCAAUGUACAGGGACCUUGUCUGCCCUGGUAUGGAGUAUGCAUCUCAAGUGUGGGGGGCCUCCACACACACAGCCCUUUUGGACAGAGUGGAGUCAAAGGUUCUUUGUCUCAUCAACUCCCCUCCUCUCACUGACGGUCUCCUACCUCUUAAAUUCUGCAGCAAUGUUGCAUCUCUUAGACAUCUCAAAAGCCUUUGACAAAGUCUACCACAAAUCUUUGCUUUCUAAACUACCCUCCUACGGAUUCUCUCUCUCUCUCUGCUUUUAUCUUCAGUUUCCUUUCAGGCUGAUCUAUUUCUGCUGUGGUGGACAGUCAGUGCUCCUCCCCUAAACCUAUUAACAGUGGUGUUCCACAGGGCUCUAUUCUAUCUCUAAUGCUCUUUAUGUUGUUCAUUAAUGAUCUUUCCAUCACAAACUCUUCUAUCCACUCCUAUGCUGAUGACUCUGCUCUGCAUUACUCAGUUUCUUUUAAGAGAAGCCCCCCUACAGGACUCAAAGCUGCAUGUCACAGAACACUUGACUUCAGACCUCGCUAUUAUUUCUGAAUGGGGCAGAGGGAACAUUGCUUCCCUCAAUGCCUCAAAACUCAAAAACACCUGUCAACUCAACACAAUCUUCCAAACACCUAUCUCCUAUUCUUCGAUAACUCUCAGCUGUCACCUUCUUCUACAAUAAACAUUCCUGGCCUAUCCUUGAUUCUGAAUCUUAAAUGGAAACAGUCUUCUACCUCUCAAACUCCACUGCAAUGUUGCCUCUCUUUUUAUCUUUUACUACAAUUUUCAUGCUGAGUGCUCUUCUGAACCUAAUAACUGCAUGCCUUCACCCCUCCCAUGACUCCACUGCAUACGACUCUCUACUGAAGCUCAUCCCUAUGCUAUCCAAAUCCCUUAUGCAAGAGUUAACCAGCAUCUUCAUUCCUUUCACCUGUCACCCCACCUGCCUGCAACAGCAACAGCCUGGACCACUCAUGGAUGGCAGGAAGAGAAUGACACAGCAUGGCAUAAUAAACUUGGUAAAGUUGUCAAAGCUCCGUUUUUACAGCAACAUUUCUGGGUUAUGGGUGAGGGAUUAACAUCUUGUGGAUUCUUUGUAAACAGUAUGGAUAUAAAUAUCAAUUAUUUCAAAGCAACAUUGAAGUAGAGCAGAAUGCAACCAGAUUCAUAAGUGACAAAUGGGCCAAUGUGCUCUGCUUCCUUUUUGUCCAACAUUUAAUUCAUUACAAUUUAAAAGAAUAAUUAUUUAUCAUUAUAAGUAUUAGAAAGUACACAGUGAUACUUCAUUAUUUUAAAACAAAUUCAGGAUUUAAUCUAAAAAAAAGACGUAAGAAAAGGUUAUUAAUAGUUGGAAAACACUGAUUGCCUUCUGGCUCUAUAUUUGCUUUGAAAAACCUUGUCACUGAGCACCACAUUUAUAUAGGUAAGGUAAAGUUGGGGGCAUAAUGCUAUAGCUGUGUGUGGCCUUGGUGCUUAUCUCUGUUGCAUUGGCCCUUGAGCCUGUGGUGGGAAGAACCUAUUACCCUGGAAUACAGUGCCAUAGUGGCAUGCACAUUACCACAGCUUACCUUCCCCAGGUUUACCCAGGUACCCAUUUAUCAACCAGCCCAAUAAGAAGGAUGAACAGCUGGGUGAGCUGUACGAUGACUACCCGGGAUUUGAACCUGGGCCUGCUGAUUUGUAGUUAGACACACUAACCACUGCUCUACAGAGGCAUAUUUGCAUAGAUAAAAAAUAAUAAUAAUAAUAAUAAAAAAAUAAAAAAAAAAAAAAAAAUUU